AUGACGACGUUUUCUACUACUGUCUCCAUGUUAAAUUCACGUCAAGUCCAGGACUCAUCAUUACCACAACGUUUGGACCCACUUCGUCGUGGUUCUUUGCCUAAAAUUACAGGUCGGAAGCUUCGUACACCACGCAAAUUUGUCGUGACGGACGUGUCGGAUGAAGAGCUGGAUGCAUUGAAACCAAGCGCGUCGUAUUGUGUCAGUCUGUCCGAUAUUGCGGGACAAGAGCAAGACAAGGACAAGAGUGUGGGCUGUAUGAAAGACAUGGGAGCUGUGAACGUCUCGGUUCGCAAGGGCAAGACACAAGUAAAAGGUCGCUUUACGAUCACUGACUUGUCUCCAGAGUCACCAGAGACACCGUUGGAACGUGAAGGUUUGUCAAUUUCUAUGGGAUCGACACCCUCACGAAAGUUUGAAAAAGCUCCACGCCGUUCAUCACGGAAAAUGUCCACUCGAAGACCAUUUCAAUCGGCAGGUGAUAUCCGUCCUUCGGUAGAUCUUACAGAGUCAAGUUCUCCUCAGCAACAGCAACAACAACAGCAGCAACAUGAGCAGGAAAGGCCUAUGUUUGCAUCGUUUGAGCGCCCAAUGGUAUCAUCGCCGUCAUCGCGCUCUCUAUGCACGUCCCUUCCUGCCCAUUCAAUGAACACACAGACCAGCGAGACUAACAAUCAGACUCCGAUAAUGUUUGACAACCAUUUGAAGUUUCUGGAGAAGGAGACGUUUGAGAUGAGGUCUACUUUGGAGAAAAUGGUGGCUACGAACUCUCAGUGGAUUGAAGCUCUUGUCUCAGCUGGUCUUGUGCAAGGUAAAUUGCGCGAGGUUUCUGUCUUGGAACCUGUUGUUGCUGUAGAGUCACCUUUUGAACAAAAUUAUCGUAAAGUAGAGAAGGCGUACAUGGAGCUACAGGCCAAAUACGACGCCGUGUGCCAAAAGAGUGAGCGGAUGGAAAUGAAGAAUGCUAUGCUCGAGAUUCGUCUUCAUCAGCAAAUUAAUCGUUCGACGAUGCUCCGAUCGCAGCUUGACAAGUUGACACACUACACGGAGAAACUAAUCUGCGAGUCGUCAGAGCCUACGCUGCACGAUUACAACUCAGACCUGAACUCAAUCUUUGGCGAGCAUUCUGAAGCUCAUUCUCCUACAGCUGACGAAACGAGCAGCGGUGAGUACGGUUUUAACGACAAUGUGCUCAAGUCUCGGCGGCAGCGUUGGCAUAACAUGGAUGAGGAGUGUAUGUCAAACACGAGUACCGAAGGAGAAUCAUUUCGUAAGACGUCGUCACCGGUGCCAUACGAGCGAGAUAAUGAAAACAAUCAGUACUAUAGCGAUGUAGAGCCCAUGUCUGCGAACGGCCAUGGCCGCCUUUUUGCGCUGGAGUCGCUGCUAGAUGACCAGAUCAACGAACUGCGUCAAUCUUUGCGGUCAAAGAAGGAGGACACUGAUGCACCAGUAUCUGUGAAUGGCUCGUUAGAUUCUAUGACUGUGUGCCCGUCUGUCACAAACUUUGCGCCUAACGAUGACGAUGAAUGUGAAGUACACGACCAGACUGUUCAUUCUGUGUCGGUGAAGCAGAAGAGACUGAACGCUGACCUGCUCAAGCACAGCAACUCGGUAGCUUCACUCAACUAUUCGACAGUUUCUUCGACUUCAUCGUUGGCUGGUUAUGGACUUCACUUGGCGACCAUGGCGCAGUCAAAAUCUGGCUACUUUUCUAGCAUGGCUGCUACGACUUUGUUUGGUCCGCAUCCUGAGCCGUAUCCAAAUGCCUCUAGCCAACAGAACGAUUGCCACGAUGACGAGACUGUGUACAACGUGCUCAGCCCAGAGAAUCUGCGUUUCCACGACUGUCAGUCUUUGCUUAAAGCUGCCGAAGAAAGAAGCUCGCAGCCGUCAAGCAGGCGACGUGGUUUUCCUUUUACGACCAACAAACAACCAGCUUCUUUACCGGAGGCGAAUGAAGUCUCUGAACGAAUACAAACGACUGGCAGCAGCUUGUUUGAACGAUUUGCAGUGCGGCGGCGAAAGCCUGUUGACUAG